GCACAAUGUUUAUCGAUUACCUGGAGAAUCUCACCAUUUUGUUUGGCUUUAAAAAGGAAGGAGCUAAUUCUAACGAAUUUUGGAAUUCUUAAAGAUGGGUCGCAACAAGGCGAAUAACAAAAAGGUGGCUCCAGGGGCAGGGAAGCCAAAGACGCCACUGAACAAGUCAAAGAAGGCCAAAAAUGUGUUCAAGGUGGCCGACAACAACAAGGGCAAAGGCAAGAAGCCCAAGGAGGUUCAGGGAAAGCUAAAACAGAUCAAGGAAUCUGUCAAGGCUAAGCAGGAAAAGGUGGAUGCCAGCCUCAAGACGCUGCAUAAGGACCUGGUGGUGAAGAAGCCCAAGCCCGCGGUGGCCCCCAUCAAGAACCAAAAGAAAAAGGCGGGAAACGCCCAAAAGGUCUCUGACACGCUUGGAAAGCUCAAGUUUUGAGCAACCAGCAGGCUAUUAAAUUAGUCUGAUUUGCGAUUUACGUAGAUGUAGUUAGUCCCAUUUAUUGUUAAAACUAGAACAAAGAUCAGGCAAAUACAUCCCUUAGCUAUAACAGCAGUGAUGGGAAGGGUUCACCCCUUAACUUUUAUAGCUUCACCUAUUAGGAAGAUAAUGGUCUAUUCAAAUAUCAUAAAAAAACUAACUGCGUUUAGUUUUCUCCCCCUUUAUAGUUCAAACACAUACAAUUUUUAUUAUAGUUUUAAAUUCCACAUGAAAUUGUAUAAUAUUUACGAUGCCUAGGUGUGUCCUUUUGAAGUUACCCAGACUUUAUAUCUUCCCCAUCACUGUGCAUUAGCUAAGUCCCCUAAA